AUGAAGAUGCCCAUGAAGAGGAUACCUGAAUCCCAGGGGUCAUCCGUGGUUCACCUGCAGCCUCCACACAAGCUAGCGGCUCGGAUUCAGGACGAGUCCUACAUGACUCUGAUCAGCAAACACUUGGCUUCGUUUUCGGAAGAUUGCGGCGGCAGUGAAGAGCUGGGGAAGAACUCGGUGUCGUCGCCUGGUUGUGGAGAGGAGGAGAUAGGGACUGAUCUGGGCAUUAAAUCAGAAUCAGAAAACUGCAACGAAAUCGCAUCGUCUGAAGAAGAGGAUGGGAGUAUUUCUGAAGGUAAAGCAUUCUUGAGCGAGAAACAACGAUGUCAGAAGAAAACGAUAACUCAGAUCAUCAGGGACAAGAAGAAGCAGACCCAGCUCACUCUGCAGUGGUUGGAAGAAAACUACAUCGUGUGUGAAGGGGUUUGUUUACCCAGGUGUAUCCUUUAUGCUCAUUAUUUAGAUUUUUGUAGGAAAGAGAAAUUGGAACCAGCCUGCGCUGCCACCUUUGGGAAGACAAUACGCCAGAAGUUUCCGCUCCUCACCACCAGAAGACUUGGAACAAGAGGGCACUCAAAAUACCACUAUUAUGGAAUUGGCAUCAAAGAGACCAGUGCAUAUUACCAUUCGGUCUACUCUGGUAAAGGCUUGACAAGGUUUUCAGGAAGCAAACUAAAAAGUGAGGGAGGCUUUACACGGAAAUAUUCACUUAGUUCCAAAACUGGAACCUUGCUCCCAGAGUUCCCCAAUGCACAGCAUCUUCUUCUUCAUGGGCCUAUCUCAAAAGAGAAGGUAGAUACGCUAAUUAUGAUGUACAAAACUCAUUGCCAAUGCAUCCUUGAUAAUGCAAUCAAUGGAAACUUUGAAGAGAUUCAGAACUUUUUAUUACACUUUUGGCAAGGGAUGCCUGACCAUCUUCUUCCAUUGCUGGAAAAUCCUGUCAUCAUUGAUAUAUUCUGUGUAUGUGACUCCAUACUCUACAAAGUCCUGACAGAUGUGCUGAUUCCAGCAACAAUGCAAGAAAUGCCAGAAAGUUUGCUGGCUGACAUCAGAAAUUUUGCUAAGCAUUGGGAGCACUGGAUGUCUUCUUCACUGGAAAAUCUCCCAGAUAACCUCUCUGAAAAGAAGCUGCCCAUCGCACAAAGAUUUGUGUCUUCUCUAAAACGGCAAACUUCAUUUUUGCAUCUUGCACAGAUUGCCAGACCUGCUUUAUUUGACCAGACUGUUGUGAAUUCCAUGGUGGCUGACAUUGAAAAGGUGGAUCUAAACAGCAUUAGCUCACAGGCCCUUCUCACAGUUUCAGGUGGAACAGACCAGGACUUUGAACUUUAUUCUGAUUAUGACUCUAUUACAGUGUUUCAAGAACUGAAGGACCUGUUGAAGAAAAAUGCUACUGUGGAAUCAUUCAUUGAAUGGUUGGAUAUAAUAGUAGAGCAAAGAGUCAUCAAGCCAAGUAAACAAAAUGGAAGGUCCCUUAAGAAGAGAGCCCAAGAUUUUCUUUUGAGAUGGAGUUUUUUUGGAGCCCGUGUCAUGCAUAACCUCACACUCAACAAUGCUUCAAGCUUUGGUUCCUUUCACCUAAUCCGAAUGCUGCUAGAUGAAUAUAUUCUACUAGCCAUGGAGACACAGUUCAACAAUGACAAGGAGCAGGAGCUACAGAAUCUCCUAGACAAAUAUAUGAAAAAUGCAGAUGCGAGUAAAGCAACAUUCACAGCUUCACCAAGCUCCUGUUUUCUUGCAAACCGUAGUAAAAGCACAUUGCUUUCUAAUGAUGCCAUGGUAAAAAAUGAAUCUCUGGCAGAGCAGUCAUACACAUCUCUACCAGCAAGCCAACACAACAUUGCUACUUGUAUGACCACAUUCCCAAAUGCUGAAAAUGACCCUCUUCAAAUGGCAGAUCCUAUGGAACUUACUCAUAAUAAUGGUCACGUGAUCACCCCACCUCUAUCUCCUACUUUGGGCAACCGAGGAAGUGUAAUCAACCAAGGACCAAUGGCUGUUAGGUCUCAGAAUGGCAGCUCAGCAUUAUCUGUCCACACACACUGUCACACGUACCCAGACUCGCUCUACCAGACACUGUCCCAGCCCAAUCAAAACUACUAUAGCACUAACUCCAACUAUCAGACUAUGUUCAGGAAUCAGGCACAUGCCUCUCCUGCAGUCUACCACCACAGAGCGGAUCCCAGCCGUUUCAAUUCUUUCAAUGAACAACCAGUUUCAAGGGACUACUUCAGCAGUAGCUGUGCCGUGUCACCCUAUAACUCCAGAGCGCCAUCUAAUUUUGGGUCAUCUUCAAAUCCACAGGAAUCACACAACAUGCAGUUGCUGAAUGCAGGCACCUAUAACUUCUUGGGGAAUUCAGUUGCAUGUCAAGGAGCAUCAUUUCCUUCCACUGGCUCCAAUGGAUACUAUAACAACAAUAACUAUCCAGAAUCCCACAGACUGGGGUCCAUGAUUGACCAACACGUAUCUGUUAUUAGUAGUGUUAGCAGCAUUCGAUCAGUGGUUGGUUACAAUGACAUCCAUGAUCCACUCAACAUUCUGGAUGACAGUGGAAGAAAACAGGCAGGAUCAUUCUAUGCAGAUUCAUCACCACUAGUUUGUCGAGCUCCUGUAGCUUCACAUAUGCAAAGUGUGAUUUCUUCAUCUUCUUCCCAAUGUAUGUACAGCAACAACUCAGGUCAAUAUAAUUCUCAGGAUACAAUAGAUACCCACAGACAACCUGGGGAGGUGACGAAUAUGGUAUCAUCGCUACCCCCAAUCAACACGGUGUUCAUGGGGUCCACAGCUGGAGGGACAUAG